AUGACACCAGCUCAUAGUGACAGGCCCUGUGCAGCGUUUGCGUUUGGCUACGGUGUCUUUGUUCCUUUGAACUUCGCGAGUGUUCGGGGCAGCUGGCGCGGGCGGACUUGCACAUCCGCCCGCCGAUGGUUCCCUGGAACCGCAGGCUUUGUUCGCCGGACACCUCUGCGGCCGGAGCGUUCAGCACCGAGUCACCUACGUACAGAUUCGUACCAGCCUUGGCUCUGGGCAUGCAAUGCGAAUGAAGAUGCAGAAGCUCCUUCUUCGGGAUCCGUGCGAGAUGACGUGGCGGAAACGCAACUUCGGGAGCAGGUGUUGGUUAUGGCGGCGACGCCCGGCGUCGCUGAUACGCGGAAACCUGCUCGAGGGCUGCGUUCGCGAAGAAGAAAGCGACGCACGGAAGCGGGGUCUUUCAAAACGACUGACAGAGUCAUCGUUGGCGGAGCACUGGCGCUUGGUUUCGCCUUCAUCCUCUCGAUGGGUGUUGCUGUCAGCCGACCGCGGUGGAUGGCGACGCUUCCGCAGCCAGUCGUCCAGGAGGCUCAACUUGCGCGCCCGUCGCAGGGACCUGCACCCAGCAGUUGGGCGCGCACUGCCAGCAUCCUCGCGCUGAGUACACUUAUUGGAAUGAUCGUGCCGCUUCUCUUUCUGUUAUCGAUCCAGAACCGGCUGAUUUACAAACCAAGCCGCAGAAUUCGAGGCAAGCCCGAUCAAUACGGUAUGGUGCAUUACGAGGACGUGUAUUUCUGUACAGCCGAUGGCCACGAAAUACAUGGCUGGUUCAUCAAAUGCGCACCAGCCAAAUACCGAGAGCGCCCGACGUUCAUCUAUUUCCAUGGUACCGAUCUAAAUAUGAGUUAUCGGCUGCCGAAGGUGUUCCAUAUUCAUAGCAAACUGGACUGUAAUGUGUUUCUGUGGUCUUAUCGGGGAUACGGAAUGAGCGAGGGCUUUCCCAGUGAGCGCGGUUUGCAGCGAGACGCCGCGGCAAUGAUUCAGUACCUGAGUACUCGCAGCGACAUUGAUCAGUCGCAGUUGUGGGUAUUUGGCGAAUCCCUCGGCGGGGCGGUUGCCCUUGAUUUCGUUUACCGACACUCGGACAAAAUUCGAGCAUUGAUCUUGGAGAAUACCUUCACUGCGCUGAUCGAUAUGAUCGAUCUCGUGCAUCCGUAUUUGCGCCUAUUCAAGUGGCUCGUGACGCAGAACAAAUGGCUAUCACGCGAGAAAAUCAAGCACAUUGAGGUGCCUGUGCUUCUACUUAGUGGUCUUCGCGAUGGAUUCAUUCCCCCAAGAAUGAUGCAGCAGCUCUACGACGCCGCGAGCAGAUCGCGGCUUCGGCGCCUCGUUCGUUUCGAAGAGGGCACCCACAACAGGACCUGGAUGAUGCCAGGGUAUAUUGACGCGAUCCGACGAUUCAUCGCGGAUGUCGAUGCCAUCGUUCCGGAAAGCGCUGCUACGGAGCGAGCGGGCUCUGUUCUAGUAGAGGGCGAGGCCGACUGUCCCGCGGAGACGCCGUGA